CGUAUAACAGUUUUUCUGGAUCCAUUUUUUUCACAAAAGGGAAAAUAUUCUUAACCCUUCAUGUAGCUGUUUUUUUUCUUUUAAUAAAAAUGUACCUCAUAUCAAAGAUUUUUUUUUUUUUCUGUCACGAAUGUAAUUAUUUCAAACAGCCACAUGAGGACGUCCUAGACCGUCACAUGAUGUCUGUUGUUUGUUUCAGGCCCCUCCCUAAUUCAUAGGACGAUAUUUCCAUAGUGCUUUGUUACAAAGAGUCGCAAACCAGGAGUAGACGGAAACCCUUUUGCUCAUUCCCCUUCCCAAAGCUCUCUGUUUUAAUACCUCAAGACGAACAUGAACUAUCCAAAAUAUUAAAUGGAGAUUACAGUCCAUACGAUCGUUUAUAGUACUGGAUAGCAAUAUGCCGACGGGACGGAUACGCGGACCUUUUUGGAUCAAUUUGCUCUUUGUCAUUUUGGAAUGCUGCUGGAAACUGGGAUGUGGACAGCUCUCUUACUCUGUAUCUGAGGAGGUAAAUCCAGGUACUUCUGUGGGAAAUCUCGCAAGAGAUUUAAACCUUAACGUACUUGAUUUGGAGGCACGCACUUUUCAGAUUGUCAGCGGCUCGAAGAGAAAAUAUUUCGACAUAAAUCUGAAAACGGGCAGCCUUUAUGUCACGGAAAGAAUCGACAGAGAGGAGCUUUGUGCAAAAGCUGAGAAAUGUGUUGUUAAUGUGGAGGCUGUUGUUAACAGUCCGCUAAAACUGUAUCGACUGGCGAUAAACAUUAUUGAUAUAAAUGAUAAUGCGCCAUAUUUUUCUGAAACGCUGCAGUCUCUCAAUAUAGCAGAGAGUACAGCACCAGGAGGGAAAUUUGGAUUUGUGGGCGCGUCAGACAUUGACGUCGGAAAGAACAGCGUUAGCACAUACAAGCUAAGUCGAAAUGAUUAUUUCUCCUUAGAGAUCCACAAAGGUGAAGACAGUGUGUCGGCAGAGCUUGUGCUUCUGAAAGCUCUGGACCGAGAACAACAGCCGACCAUCAAACUUACUGUGACCGCUGUGGAUGGUGGAAAUCCACCAAAGUCGGGAACAGCAAACAUUAUUGUCAGUAUUUUAGAUAGCAAUGACAACUCUCCAGUUUUCAGUAGUUCCUUGUAUAAGACGAGAAUAUCUGAGAACGUAUCAGUAGGUAGCACAGUUAUAGUUUUGACAGCAGUCGAUGCAGAUGAUGGGAUAAAUGCCGAAAUAGAAUAUUAUUUAAGAACUAAAGGUCAAGAUCGGAUUUUAGAUCUUUUCCAGAUUGACGCUAAAACAGGUGCACUUCUAGUUAAAGGAAAUAUUGACUACGAAGAAAGCCCUGCCUUUGAAAUCCAUGCUGAGGCAAGUGACAAAGGUCACCCUCCAAUGUCUGCUCAUUGUAAAGUGCUGGUAGAAGUGGUGGACUUGAAUGAUAACGCUCCUGAGAUCAGUGUGACAUCGCUGUUAAACACAGUGAAAGAGGACGCACAAGUAGGUACAGCUAUUGCUCUUGUUUCUGUGGUGGAUAAAGAUAGCGGUAAGAACGGGGAAGUAAAAGCUGUUAUUAUGAAUGAAACCCCGUUUAAAUUGGAAACAAAUUACAAAAAUUCUUACUCGUUAGUAGUGAAUAGGCUGCUGGAUAGAGAGAUUGUUGCCGAAUACAAUAUAACUAUGGUGGCAACUGAUGGGGGGAUCCCAUCGCUGUCCAGCACGGACACUGUUAAUAUUCAAGUAUUUGAUGUCAAUGACAAUCCACCACGAUUCUCUGAACCACUAAUAAAUAUUUACUUGAGAGAGAAUAGUGCGGUGGGAACAGUUAUUAAAAUUGUUUCGGCAAUUGAUGCUGAUAUUGAUAAUAAUGGUAAGGUGAGCUACUCUCUUUUACAAACCAGCACUGAUCCACUGAGUUCAUCUAAACUUGUUAGUAUUAAUUCAGAGACCGGAGAUAUAAUCAGUCUGCAGGCUUUUAACUUUGAGGAGUUGAAAACGUUUCAGUUUAAAGUUCAGGCUACAGACUCUGGUGUUCCUCCACUCAGCAGCAACGUGACUGUUAAUGUUUUAAUAAUCGAUGAAAAUGAU